UCUCUCCGAUUGAAUUGAAAGAUGAUCGAAGUGAACUGAAAAAAUCAAUAGAAGGAAAAAGAAAUCAGAUCUUUCUGAAUAAGAAGAAGAAAAGUCAGUACUUUCUCUCCAUUGAAGAACUAGAAGUGAAAGAGGAUAUCAAGGGAAAAUGUCAAGAGAAAAACUAAGAAGAGCCGCACUUCCUCCUGUUCAAGAGAAUAUUGAUAAAUUAGAGAAAGCUAUAAAUGAGGGUAAUUUCUAUGGAGCUCAGCAGAUGUACAAAUCAAUAAGUGCACGAUAUGUAUCUGCUGAAAGAUAUUCUGAGGCCUUGGAUCUGCUUGAGUCAGGUGCAUGUCUCCAGUUGAAGCAUGGCCAGGUUACUUGUGGGGCUGAGCUCGCUUUCUUGUUUGUUGAUACACUUGUCAAAGGGAAAAUUCCAUAUAACGAAGACAUCCUUGACCGUGUCAGGAAAAUCUAUGAGGUGUUUCCUAAGGUGCCCUUGCCUAGUAACAUGUCAGAUGAUGAAGAUGUUCGAGAAUUUACUGAAGCUCUUGGGGCAGCAAAAACACGUCUAGAGGGCUGCUCAUCAUUCAUAAGAGCUGCAAUAAAGUGGUCUGCAGAGUUUGGUGCUUCCAGAAAUGGUGAUCCGCAACUGCAUGCUAUGCUGGCUGAAUACAUAUAUUCCGAGUCUACCGAGUUGAACAUGGCUAAAGUGUCAUAUCAUUUUGUUAGAGGAAACAACCCAAAGAAGUUUGCUUCUACUUUAGUAAAUUUCAUGAGCAAGUGUUAUCCUGAUGAAGAUGAUAUAGCAAUUGCACGCGCAGUUCUUAUGUACUUGUCCAUGGGUAAUCUUCGGGAUGCUAAUUGCCUUAUGAAUGAAUUGAAGAGACAAGUGGAAUCCCAGGAGCUUGAUUUCCCUGAAUCAGAUUUGGUUCAGUUUAUCACCUUUCUGUUGCUAACGUUGGAGAGAGAUGCCUUGCCCCUUUUUAACAUGUUGAGAGUGAAUUACAAAUCUAGCAUAGACAGAGAACCGGCAUUCAAUGAGUUGCUAGAUGAAAUUGCAGAAAAGUUUUAUGGUGUACAGCGUAGAAAUCCGCUUCAAGGGAUGUUUGGCGACUUAUUCAAGAUGAUGUGAUGAGGAAAAACAUGGUAGCAACCUGAAUUUGUUGGAAUUUGUCAGUGUCUUGGCGGACCUGAACUGCUGAUUUUCAUUAUGUCUUCGGUUUGAUGGCAAAUUCCUUUUUAUGCCAAAAUUGUUUAAUAUACUUUUGUAAUAUGUUUCCCAUUUGAUUGGGGGGGGGGGGGGGAGGAUUUUUAUCCUUAAACCAAGAAAACUGGUAAUUCUUUCUUACCAUCACAAAACCUUGUACUAAAUUUACCCCCUUUGUUAUAUUCAUAGCCUAUGUUUAUUUGGACUUGAGGAUGAGUGUUAAAGGUAUAUGGAUAUGCAUUUGAUUCAAGUAUACUUAUUCCUUUGUGUAA